AUGGCUAAGAAGAAGGGCGAAAAGGAAGAGAAGGGAAAGAAAGGAGAAGAAACCGCACCCGAUCCAGGAGUGGUCACUUCGCAAGAAUGUUUGCUUGAAGAGGAAUUGAAAAAGAUCGAGGAGAAAUACACGAUAACGCGGGCGAAAGUUAACGAGCUGCGUAAGAAGCAUGACGAAGUCAAGCAGAAAACGGCAGAGACGCACGAAGAGGCGCGCGAAUUCGCUAAUUACAUAGAAGCAAAGCGCGAAAAGAGACAUCAGCAAAUCGUCUCAAUCCACGACGAUCAAGCCCGCCAACUAAAAGAGCUGGACGACGAAGAAGCUCGGCUUCAGGCAGCUCACGAAGCCGAAAUCAACCGAAUCAACGGACUCAUCCGCGACGAAGAGUUUAAAAGAAUCAAGCUUCAGGACGAGCUUCAGUCGAUGGCUGAUCUUGUGCUUUUGAAGGAGCAAAACGAUCGUAAAAUCGAGGAGCUAAAAGAGCAGUACGCGCGGAUGCAAGUGGAAGACGCAGAAAUGCUGCAGAAAAUGAAAAUCGAGUGCCUCGAAAAACAACGAGAAUACCAAGCAUACGCCGUUUCUACCUCGAAAGAAGAGCAGCAGAAGCUCAACAUGGAGGCGAAAAAGAUGGUCGUGGAGAGAACCACUGCUGCGAAAAGAGAAAACCAAGAGCUCAGAAGACGCCUGACUGAGUUGAUUGAAGAAGGCAAAUCGUUAGCAAAGGAGCGUACAGAGCUCGAAGAGCAUCAAAGAAAAAUACGUGCAGAAGUUGACUAUCUCAAAUCAAUCAAAAAACGAAAAGUCCCCUUUGAGCUUCCAAAGACAUCUCUGUCCGACCGGCCUCCUUUCAGAAACUAA